UGCUGCGGAGCUCCGCCCGGGCCUUCCUGACACGUCAUCCACCCGCGCCCGUGUUCGGGCCGGACCCCAGGGCUCCCCUUCUGGCCUGGGCCGCACCCCCACCCCCACCCCAGCGCCCUCGCGGUAACCGUUUUAUUUUCCGUCCAAGCCCCGAGUAGCAACGUUUGGCGCCUUGGGAGUUCAUCAGUAAUUACUGCGAGACACAACUUGGUUGGCGUUUAGGACAGGACGUAAAGCUGGCAAAUGGAGAUGGCAGAGGAAGAUAAUAGUGGGGAAGAAUACCCAAAUGAAAUUCAUGAUUAUCUGUCAGCAUUUGAAAAGUCUCUUGGUUCUGUAGAUGACAUGCUGAAGACUAUGAUGUCUGUUUCUAGGAGUGAGCUUCUUGAAAAGUUGGACCCUCUUGAACAAGCAAAAUUGGAUUUGGUUUCUGCAUACACGUUAAAUUCGAUGUUUUGGGUUUACCUGGCCACUCAAGGAAUCAAUCCCAAGGAACAUCCAGUGAAACAAGAGCUGGAGAGAAUAAGAACAUACAUGAACAGAGUCAAAGAAAUAACUGACAAGAAAAUGGCGUCCAAACUGGAUAAAGGAGCUGCAGCAAGAUUUGUUAGAAAUGCAUUAUGGGAACCAAAACCUGAAAAUAAUCCUAAAGUGAAAGCUUCUGCUAAGGCAAAAAAGAGAAAAAUGAACUAGUUUUUUAUUUUCUUUUGGUUGUAUUUUUGUUUCAGGUAGGGAGAUAAUUUAAAAAAUAAUUUUCUAGUUGUGUUUUGUAUAUAUUUUGCAUCACAUAAAUGAUGAAGUAAAACAACAAUUCGGUGAAUAUAUCUUUAGCAAAGAUCUAAACUGUAGGGUCACGUUGAACAGCUUCUACUGAGAUCACACCUGUAUAUACACAUGUAUAUCUGAAAGUGAAAGUUGGUCCUUGGAGAUUAACUUUAAAGCUUGGCUCUUUAAAUGAGAACAAACUAAUCAUUUUUGCCAGCUCUUUGUAAUAAUGUGCUAUUUCAUGAUUUGCUUCUAAUUCUAAUAAUUUUUUGGGGUAAUUCUGGCUGGUUGGAACUCUAUUUUCUUAGUUACUGCUAAAUUUAUUAAAUAUUCAAACAGUCACAAGCGAUGGACAUCUAGUCUGUGUGAAUUGUUUUCGUAGGAGCCACUGGUUUUCAAGUUCAUCUGUGUAUGUAAUGCUUAAUUUGUAGGGCAUACUAUCCUUUGUAUUGCUUGUAUUAAAUAUACAUGAUGCCUCUUUUUUUUUUUUUCCCCCCCCCCCAAUCUCUCGAGUUGAAUUAAGAGCUGUUUAUGGUCUUUAAUGUUUCCAUGGCCUUUAAGUAUGGAUGAGAGCUUAGUGGUGGCACUGCGAGAUGGACAGUUUAGCAGGGAUUCUCUCUGGGAAUGGUGUGUUUUGCUGUUCCCUUUGAUACUGAGUGUGGAAAGUAUUCUCUAGUACGGUAAAAAGUAUUGAAAUACUGGGCAAAUACCCUGUUUCAGAUAUGAUUAAUUUGUACUCUUUUUAAGGAGCGUAUGCAUUCUUAAUCUGUUGGGAAUUUGUUCAGGAGAACCUGUUUAGUUCAUGUUUCAGUACACUGCAAGCUCACAAAUUAAUAAUACAAAUUUGUUUUUUUUGGUGAAGAAAGUCUGCUGUUGGUGGAGAAGGUUUGCUGUGUUGAGGGUGGCGAGAAAAUGCCUGUGAUUAGGCGUGCUCUGAUUUGAAAGGUGGAAGUGCUGGUAUUAGUGAUGGGAUGAAUAUAAGUGAAGUGUCACUACCUGCUUGUAAAUGGAGAACCCAGUAUCAGACAUACUGGGUUAAAUUUACUGUUGCCCUGCACCUUGUAUAAUUAAGACCUCAAUCUUGCAAUGUACAAUGUACAGGCAUUAGGGGCAUUCCUGCACAGAGUCCAUUGCCUUAAGUGGGGGCUUCUUGGGCAUACAGGAGUCUGCCCUUACGUUGUAAAUUGCAGGAUUGGGGCCUCGAACUGGGGCAAAGUGAGUGUCAAAUUCUAUCAAAUCAGAAUGGGUAGCAUUUUACACUUGCUUUUUACCAGUGUAAAUGACAAUGCAAGGUACAGUGCAAUGGUGAAUUGGGCUCACUGAACCAAUCCUAACAAUCUGAGAUUCACCUGUAAUUUGCAUUAGGUCUCUCACCUGUUAAUGUGAAUGAACAAGAUUCUACUGAAUUGUUCAUUUGGAGUUGAGAUACAUUGAAUUUCUCUGUUACACAUAAUUGAAAGCUAUUGGAUAUGAUAUGGAAAGUUAUUGUUCACCUAGUUAUUCUGAAGAAUUACACCACCAUGUGCUUACAUAUAGUCUAGACUGAGUAGAAUGAGAUGCUGUAACUGAAGCUACAUCACCGUUGACCAUUCAGAAAUGUAUUUUUAAAGAGAUGUUUUGAUAAACUGUCCAGUUGUUUAUUAAGCACAAAUGUUAAUAGCUUUGUAUGUUUAGAAAAUGGCUCUGUGAUUGUUAUGAUGAAGAAUAAACAAGCCUAAGCUAAUAUGUAAAUAUAUUUUACGCUGAUUUCUGGAAUAAUUGCUACUCUUUGUUCUAACAAAGGAUUUUCCUCCUCCAAAUGCUCAUUCGCAGGCAUAAUUUUACUGCCACAAGUAGU